CGCCGUCCUUUUUGCCCGCGGUACUAGAGAACCGGGCAAUAUGGGAUUCCUUGCGGGUCCGCCUUUUACUACUGCUCUGCAGCAUUAUAGUAACGGUUCUCGCGUCGCCGUGCAGGGGAUCGACUACCCUGCGACGCCCAGCGGGUUCCGGGCGGGCGGUGACGAGAUGGGCGCUUUGGCUAUGGCGGUAAUGGCAAACACCACUCUGGAGCAGUGUCCGUCUACCAAAAUGGUGUUAUCGGGAUACUCGCAAGGCGCGCAGGUUGUGCGGAAAGCCCUGGCCAUGAUGAUGGGCAACAGCAGCAACGACAAUCCAGUUGGGAUAAACUCCAUCGUUCUUUUCGGCGACCCAAACAACGGCACCGCGAUCCCCAACAUUCCCGCAGAGAGAACGAGGACGUUCUGUCAUAUGGGGGACGAUAUAUGCGCCGGCGGCAGCCAGGUGUUGGCGCCGCAUUUCAAUUACAGCAGUGAUGCGCCGGCGGCCGCUAUGUUUGUCAUGCAGCGGACGGGGUUGGGGUUGGCGAGCGGGGAUGCGGAGAGAGAGGGAAUGGGGGAUAUACCUAUGAUGAUGCCUGAAGGGUCGAAGAGGACGGGGAAGGAGGAGUCUCCGGCGGAUGGGCUAGUGGCAAGUGAGCCCGGGGGGAAGCAAGUAGUUAUGGAUUUGGCUAGCAUGCAGGAUGAUGAUGAUGGUGAUGGCGAGGAUGGAAAGGGGGGAGGUAUGAGCGGGCUUAUGAGUGCUUUGAGGGGGUUGGGGUGAACUAUAUGAUUGCUAGAACUGACUGGAAUUCUCGUUCGAGGGAGCUGGUCUUCUUGUUUGGGCUGUGCCUCUGAUGGAGCACAAGGAGUGACUAGUCGUUGGAAAAUGGAUGAGAUAGUGGUUACAGGUUACGGGCACGGGGCCCACUUAGAUCGUUAUACAACGCAGCAUGUCUUGGCCGGAGAGACAUACU